GAUAGCGGCAAUUGUUCCUGCCUCACAAACCGCGUCUUUCUCUCUGACCACCACGAGGCUUUCUACUACUCUAGUCACCGUUCACAACAGCGAACUCCUUUCAUGGCACCAGCUUGCGCACCGCUCUGUUAUUUUGGAGACAGACUUUACUUUACUACCUUCCCCUACCCCGCACCAUCUCCCCAAUCUCUCAAUAGCACAGCCUCGAACUCAGGAAAUGCACCAAGGAUUCGCCCCCAACCUCACAUGGGUGCACCACUUGGUCCUUCAGCCCCCUCCCCGGACGAUGACGCAAUUUACUACUACUUUACGAUUGAUGACCAAUUGCUCUACACCUCAUUUUAUCAGGAUUGGGGCCCGCUAAACCUCGCAAUGGUCUACAAAGCGUGCCUCUUAAUUCACGGCCUUUUGAAGGAUGAAGAUCUCAGCGCACACCGUCUCGUUCUCUAUUCCUCGGAUGAUCCACGUCGUAAAGCUAAUGCUGCUUUGUUGAUGGCCCUGUACAUGUUGAUCGUCCAUAAUUACACUCCAUGGCGCUGCUUCCAACCCAUAAGCGAACUAGAGUUCAUGUCCUUCAGAGACGCAGGACGUGGCCCUUCAACCUUCAACCUUAGCAUUCACGACUGUUUGUGGGGUUUCUGGAAAGGAAUACAAAACCGCCUUAUCGACCUGGAUACUUUCGACCUCCAAGACUACGAGUUCUAUGAAAAGGUCGAGAAUGGUGACUGGAACUGGAUAACACCCAACUUCAUCGCAUUUGCUUCACCUAGAGAUUAUGCGUGGACAAAACAGAGGAAUGAAAUCGAGACUGCCACUGCUAUUGCAGUUCCUGCAUCCCCUGUGCGACCCGGUGUGGCUUCACCACCAAAGUCGCCUCGCAAACUUGCUCUACAACGUAAACUUAAUUCCGCUUUCUGCAAUUGCCUCGAUUAUUUUGAGAAGCAUAAAGUCGACCUGGUCGUUCGUCUCAAUGCAGAGCUCUACGAUAAACAGCUAUUUUUGGAUCGUGGAAUCAAACAUCUCGAUCUUUGUUUCGAAGAUGGGUCAAACCCGUCAGACGAAAUCGUUCGCACUUUCAUUGAUGUGGCAGACGCCGUCAUCGAGGGCGGUGGGGUCGUUGCUGUACAUUGCAAAGCGGGGCUCGGUCGCACCGGAUGCCUCAUUGGAGCAUAUCUUAUCUGGAAGUAUGGCUUCACAGCAUCGGAGGCGAUUGCGUUUAUGCGCAUUGUCAGGCCAGGUUGUGUUGUUGGUCCACAGCAACAUUACAUGCACCAGAUGCAGCUUCAAUGGGCCAAGUGGGCCGCUGCAGAUGAGAUACGACGUGUACAGGCAGCUGCAGUCGCAGCCACCGCACAUGUUGUGACUCCUGCUACACCUCCUGCGGAACAAGACGAAGUCAUGCACGAAACCAGGUCGUUGACGCCACCCGCAGCACCUCUACCCCUACCACCUGUCACUCCCGGGACGCGUGAGACGCCUCCUCCCGGACAGCCACGCAAGACGCCUAUGGCAAAACGAGUCGCUAUUGAAUCGGACGAAGAAGAUGUGGAGAUGGAUGAUACCCUUCCUGCUCUUGGAGCAGCACCACCCGUUGCCCGGCCUCGCGCUAGGACAACGACUCGAGUCUCGGGCGCAAGAGGUACAGCGUCCGAACAACGCCCGACGCGGGUGUUACGGUCAUCCGCGACAAGCGUACAUCAGAAGACUACUGCCGCCAGGAGCAGUCGAGCGGCGGCUCCACCUCCUAACAAGAUACCCCGAUUGGCUGGAGGUUCAGCGGCCCGGAGUACCGCCGCCGCAAGAGGGCCUGGUGCCCCAUCAGCGCGCCGUGUACCCCAACCCCCUUCACCUACCCCUUCACGAUUACCGACGCUCACCAAGAAACAUAACCCUGUACCUGCGCUGGCAGAACUACCAACCACGCGGUCAGGCAAACCUGAAUCCUGGAUGAAGGCAGGAGCAUCUGCCAUCGUCAUGCCUCCUUCCAAGUCUUCACAACGCCCUGGUCCACGGCCCGUUAGACGGAGAAGAAGCAGUUUUAGCGCUGCAGAUGUCGUUGCAUAG